AUGUUUUCAUCCGGGCGCAAGUACACUGGUUCCGCUUCAGAUGGUCUGGCUCGAGCGUCUUCUGCACUGAUGAACGAACUGCGAAAUGCCGUUUUUGCAAAGGUUGCGCACCAUUCAGUUCGAAGCAUCGCAAGGAACAUAUUUCUUCAUCUCCACUCCCUCGAUCUUUCAUUCCACCUUAAUCGACAAACUGGAGCACUUUCGAAGGCCAUAGAUCGUGGUACGAGAGGAAUGAGCUUUGUUCUCUCCUCUUUGGUGUUUAACAUUGUUCCUACUGCUGUUGAGAUCGGAAUGGUGUCUGCAAUUUUCUGUGGCACACUGGGAUCCGAGUUUGCCUAUAUGACUAUGGGUAGUAUCGGAAUGUACACCAUUGCAACACUGGGAAUUACUCGGUAA